AUGACGUCUGUAACUACAGGCCAGCACUCUCUCCAAGAUGAGAUAGCUGACCUUGAGAGGCGUCUACACGAUGCUAGAGCUCAAUUGAGCCAGCUGCAGGACGUGCCUACGCCGCCACCAAUUGACCAUAGAACAGCUCUUCAUGCUCUGCUCCUGUUGUCUGACUCGGCACUCCCGCUGGGCUCGUUCGCUUUCAGCAGCGGCCUUGAGUCGUAUCUAGCACACCACAAGCUCUCUCCGUCAUCCGCAUCGCAGCUGCCGCUGUUCAACACAUUCCUGCGCCUUUCUUUGUCGACCCUCGCAAGUACCGCCCUCCCAUACGUAUUGGCUGGAUAUCGCAAUCCGGAGGAGAUCGAGGUGCUCGAUAACGAUUUCGACGCAAGCACACCGUGCACAGUUGCGCGGCGAGCCAGCAUAGCACAAGGCCGAGCGCUUCUCGCUGUGUGGGACCGUAGUUUCAAGGCGCAGUACACGUUAUCGGCAGGCAAUGGAGGAGAAGUAGAAGGCAGGGAUGCGGCCGUCAGCGCUCUUACGACCUUCUCCGCCACACUUCGCAAGUCACCGCACGCAAACGCCCAUUAUGCUCCGCUCUGGGGCCUAGUCACCCGCAUCCUCGCUGUCCCGCUGCACGAAGCUGCGUACAUGUUCCUUUUUUCUCAUGCGCGCACGGUUAUGAGCGCUGCCGUACGAGCAAGUGUGAUGGGACCGUAUCAGGCGCAAGCGUUACUAGCAAGUGCAGAGCUGCAGAGCCGGAUCCGAGGUCUUGUGGAUGAAGGGUGGGUGCGCAAAGUCGAAGACGCUGGGCAGAGCGUGCCCGUAAUGGACCUCUGGGUUGGCCGACACGAGAAAUUGUACAGCCGAAUCUUCAAUUCAUAA